CACCUAUCAAUAUCGCUGUAGAGCCAGCUCAGCCACAGGCAAUGCAGGCAGCAGCAGCCCAACCAAAGAGAAACCUUAGAAAAUCUAAAGACCAGGAGUCUAACGGUAUAGACAACUUUGAGCUGCCAAAGUCCACAGUUACAAAGUUGGCGAAAGAAGGCGUACCAGAUGGUAUAAAAUUCCAGAAAGAUACACUACUCGCUCUACAAAAGAGCAGUUCGGUAUUUAUCAACUAUUUGGCAUCAGCUGCUCAAGAGAAGGCACAUGAUAAGAGUAAUAAAACAGUAAACGCAGCUCACAUUCUCGCUGCCGUGAAAGAACUAGACAUUGGUACACAAAAGGGUGAACUCGAGGAAAUACUAAACGAGGAGUUGAAGGCUUACAAAACCAUACAAGAAACUAAAGCAGCAAACAAGACACAGCAGCAGAUAGAGAAGGAAGACAACGCAGCAGAGACCAACAAUCCAGAUGAAUUCGACGAGAGUGUACUAGACGAUUAAAUUUUUUUAUUUAUAUUU